UUUAAACGUAUACCAUCACUUCUCCUUGCCUGUUAUGUGACAAAGUCCCGGCUGCUGAUCAGGCUGCAUCCUGCUCUGAACACUCUUGAGGCAUCAGUUUAUGUGACAUUAGGGGAAGGAUACUUGGAGGUUGCAUCCAGACUUUGUUUCUGCUGGAUUACUUAACUUUCCCCCCUGGGGAUAACUGGAUCUUUCUGCUCUCCUCCAGAUGUAUUUUUUAAAUGUAUUUCAAAGUAGUCAUGCCAUUGUUUACAUAAAAAUUGUGCACCCAGUCUAGUUUAGUCCUUCCAGCGUACAUCAUCAGCCUUUAGAUGGAUACAUGCUGUAAUUUCUGUGCAAAGUCAUAGUUUUGACAUUAAACACCGUGGCUGAUCAGGUGCAGAUGAAAAGGAAAACAAUUAUUUAUGAUAACGAGCUGCAUGUUGGGGAUGGAAAACAAAUAGAAAGGAAAUAGCUGCAGGAUGAAAACAUGGCCGCACCCCUUCUUGCACCCCCAGGACCUGACAGCUUCAAGUAUUUCACCCCAGAGUCUCUCGCUAACAUCGAGAAGCGUAUCAAUGAAGAGAAAAACAAGAAGCCACCCAAGCCCAGGUCGGACAGCAGUCACCGCGACACAUCCGACGACAAUGAGCCUAAGCCCAACAGCGACCUGGAGGCCGGGAAGAGCCUGCCGUUCAUCUACGGCGACAUUCCUAAUGGAAUGGUGGCCACACCACUGGAGGAUCUGGACCCAUUCUAUUUGAACCAGAAAACUUUUAUAGUCCUAAACAAGGGGAAAACGAUCUUCCGCUUCAGUGCCACACCCUCCUUGUACAUUAUAAGCCCUUUUAAUCCAUUUAGGCGGAUAGCUAUAAAGAUUUUGAUACAUUCGUUAUUCAGCAUGAUCAUCAUGUGCACCAUUUUGACCAACUGUAUAUUCAUGACAUUCAGUGACCCGCCAGAAUGGUCCAAACAAGUAGAGUAUACCUUCACAGGUAUCUACACAUUCGAGUCCCUCACAAAAAUUGUUGCCCGAGGCUUCGCCAUCGAUGGCUUCACCUUUCUCAGAGACCCGUGGAACUGGCUGGACUUUAUGGUCAUUUCAAUGGCAUAUAUAACAGAGUUUGUGGACCUUGGGAAUGUCUCGGCGCUGAGAACGUUCAGGGUUCUCCGAGCAUUGAAAACUAUUUCUGUCAUUCCAGGCCUGAAGACCAUUGUGGGCGCUCUGAUCCAGUCUGUGAAGAAGCUGUCAGACGUGAUGAUCCUGACCGUCUUCUGUCUCAGCGUCUUCGCUCUGAUCGGCCUGCAGCUCUUCAUGGGGAACCUCCGGAACAAGUGUGUGUUCUGGCCGAUCAACAUGACCGAGCAGUACCUGGAGAACGGAAGCAGAGGUUUUGACUGGGGCCAGUUCAUCAAUAAUGAGACUAACUUCUACUUCCUCCCUGGAGCGCUGGAUGCUCUGCUAUGUGGAAACAGUUCAGACUCAGGACAAUGUCCCGAGGGUUUUACAUGCAUGAAAGCAGGAAGGAACCCCAACUACGGUUACACCAGCUUCGACAGCUUCGGAUGGGCUUUCCUCACCCUCUUUCGCCUCAUGACUCAGGACUUCUGGGAAAAUCUCUACAUGCUGACGCUCCGAGCUGCAGGGAAGACCUACAUGGUUUUCUUUGUGCUGGUCAUCUUCGUGGGCUCCUUCUACCUGGUGAAUCUGAUCUUGGCUGUGGUGGCCAUGGCUUAUGAGGAGCAGAACCAGGCUACGAUGGAGGAGGCGGAGCAAAAAGAGGCUGAAUUCAAAGCCAUGCUGGAACAGCUUAAAAAACAACAAGAGGAGACGCAGGCUGCCGCGAUGGCAACAUCUGCAGGUACGGUGUCGGAGGCUGCGUUAGAAGACGUAGAAGGAGGGCAUUUGUCUCGCAGCUCCUCUGAGGUCUCCAAGCUGAGCUCAAAGAGCGCAAAAGAGCGUCGCAACCGCAAGAAGAAGUGGCGCCAGAAAGAACAGGAGAAGGAGAAAGGAGAUAGCGAGAAGGUCGUGAAGUCUGAAUCAGAUGAUGGCAGCAAGAAAAGCACCAUCCGGUUCCCAGGAAGCCGACUGGGGAGGAAGACGUCCAUCAUGAACCAGUCGCUGCUCAGCAUCCCCGGCUCGCCCUUCAUGUCACGCCACAACAGCCGCAGCAGCAUCUUCAGCCUGAAAGGCCGCUCCAAGGACAUGGGCUCGGAGAACGAGUUUGCGGACGACGAGCACAGCACGGUGGAGGAGAGCGAGGAUCGCAGAGGCUCGUUGUUCAUACCUUACCGUCGCAACAGCUACAGCGGAUACAGCCAAGGCUCGUCGCGCAUCCACCCGCUGGCCCCCCACUCUGGAGGGAAGAGGAACAGUACGGUGGACUGCAACGGCGUGGUGUCCCUCAUCGGCCCUGGGCCCGGCAGACGGCUUCUGCCCGAGGUGAAAAUAGAUAAGGCAGCCACUGAUGACAGCACGACAGACGUGGAGAUCAAGAAGAAACACUCCGGUUCUCUCAUGGUUUCUGUGGAUCAGCUCAACUCCUCCUUCAAAGGAAAAGACCGAGCCAACAGUCAGAUGAGUGUGGUCACCAACACGCUCCUAGAGGAAUUGGAGGAGUCUCAGAGGAAGUGUCCUCCCUGCUGGUACAAGUUUGCAAACAUCUUCCUCAUCUGGGAGUGCUGUCCCAUCUGGCUCAAGCUGAAGCACAUUGUUUACUUGAUCGUCAUGGACCCGUUUGUUGAUCUGGCCAUCACCAUCUGCAUUGUUCUCAACACCCUUUUCAUGGCCAUGGAGCACUACCCCAUGACUGAACACUUUGAGGGCGUCCUGUCGACCGGAAACCUGGUCUUCACCGGGAUCUUUGCUGGGGAGAUGUUUGCCAAGCUGAUUGCCAUGGAUCCCUACUACUACUUUCAGGAAGGCUGGAACUGCUUUGAUGGCUUCAUUGUGACUCUGAGUUUAGUUGAGCUGGGACUGGCUGACGUGGAGGGCCUGUCAGUUCUCAGGUCUUUCCGAUUGCUAAGAGUGUUCAAACUGGCCAAGUCGUGGCCAACGCUCAACAUGCUGAUCAAGAUUAUUGGAAACUCAGUGGGAGCUCUGGGUAAUUUGACCCUAGUACUGGCCAUCAUUGUCUUCAUCUUUGCCGUGGUGGGGAUGCAGCUAUUUGGCAAAAGCUACAAGGACUGUGUUUGCAAGAUCGCACAGACCUGUGAGCUUCCUCGUUGGCACAUGAACGACUUCUUCCACUCCUUCCUGAUCGUGUUCAGAGUUCUGUGUGGAGAGUGGAUUGAAACCAUGUGGGACUGUAUGGAGGUGGCAGGACAAGCCAUGUGCCUAAUUGUCUUCAUGAUGGUCAUGGUGAUUGGAAACCUUGUGGUCUUGAACUUGUUCCUGGCUCUGCUGCUGAGCUCCUUCAGUGCAGACAACCUCGCUGCUACCGAUGAUGAUGGAGAGCCAAACAACCUCCAGCUUGCCGUGGCCCGCAUUAAGAAAGGGAUUGCUUGGUUUAAGGCCAACAUGCGGCUCUUGGUAGCCACAGUGCUCAAAAAGCCUUUAGAAGAGGAACAGAAGCCGUUGGGUGAUAUGUAUGAAGAGAAGCUCAACUGUAUCGCAAACCACACAGUGGACAUCAACCGUGAGCAAGACUAUCCCAAAAAUGGGAACGGUACCACCAGUGGCAUUGGGAGCAGUGUGGGAAAGUACAUGAUUGAUGACGACUACAUGUCUUUCAUCCACAACCCCAACCUCACCGUGUGCGUUCCCAUCGCUGUUGGAGAGUCUGACUUUGAAAACCUGAACACGGAAGACUUCAGCAGUGAGUCGGACAUUGAGAACAGCAAAGAUCUGGAUGACACCAGUUCAUCUGAGGGCAGCACCAUAGACAUCAAGCCUGAUGUGGAGGAGGUGGCUGUGGUGGAAGUUGUGGAGGAGUAUCUGGACCCAGACGCCUGCUGGACUGAUGAGUGUGUGGCUAAAUACAAGUGCUGCGAUGUUCCCAUCACCCACGGCUGGGGCAAACAUUGGUGGUUCCUGAGGAAAACCUGCUACCUGAUAGUGGAACACAACUGGUUUGAAACCCUCAUCAUCUUUAUGAUCCUGCUCAGCAGCGGAGCUCUGGCCUUCGAGGACGUGUACAUUGAAAAGAGGAAGACCGUGCGCAUCAUUCUGGAUUAUGCGGAUCGGGUUUUCACCUACAUCUUCAUCCUGGAGAUGCUGCUAAAGUGGGUGGCGUACGGCUUUGUCAAGUACUUCACUAACGCCUGGUGCUGGCUGGACUUCUUCAUUGUGGAUGUGUCUAUAGUCAGCCUUAUAGCUAAUGCUUUGGGCUUCUCCGAUCUAGGCCCGAUUAAAUCACUCAGGACACUGAGGGCCUUGAGACCCCUCAGGGCCCUGUCACGUUUUGAAGGGAUGAGGGUUGUAGUGAACGCCUUGGUUGGUGCUAUUCCCUCCAUCAUGAAUGUGCUGCUGGUGUGUCUCAUCUUCUGGCUCAUCUUCAGCAUUAUGGGCGUCAACCUUUUUGCUGGAAAGUAUUACUAUUGCUUCAACGAAACAGCCGAAGAGUACUUUUUGCCAGAUGUUGUGAACAACAAAACACAGUGCCUUGCGUUAAUUAACGAAAAUUACACUGAAGUCAGAUGGAAAAACGUCAAGAUCAAUUUUGACAACGUGGGUGCUGGAUACCUGGCUCUCUUGCAAGUGGCAACAUUUAAAGGCUGGAUGGACAUUAUGUAUGCAGCAAUAGAUUCUAGGAAGGUGGAAGACCAGCCAGUCUAUGAGGACAACCUUUAUAUGUACAUCUAUUUUGUCAUAUUUAUCAUCUUUGGCUCCUUCUUUACCUUAAACCUCUUCAUCGGUGUCAUCAUUGAUAACUUCAACCAACAGAAGAAAAAGUUUGGAGGUCAGGAUAUCUUCAUGACCGAAGAGCAAAAGAAAUACUACAAUGCCAUGAAAAAACUAGGGUCAAAGAAACCUCAAAAACCAAUACCAAGGCCUCAGAACCCGAUCCAGGGCAUGGUGUUUGACUUUGUGACGCAGCAGGUGUUUGACAUCUCCAUCAUGAUCCUCAUCUGCCUCAACAUGGUGACAAUGAUGGUGGAGACAGACGAUCAGACGGAGGACACGGAGGAAGUGCUUUACUGGGUCAACUUUGUCUUCAUUGUGGUCUUCACUGGAGAGUUUUUACUGAAGCUCUUUGCGCUUCGUCACUAUUACUUCACCAACGGCUGGAACAUCUUCGAUGUGGUGGUGGUCAUCCUUUCAAUUGUGGGAAUGUUCCUGGCUGACCUCAUAGAGAAAUACUUUGUGUCGCCGACACUCUUCAGGGUGAUUCGUCUGGCUCGAAUCGGCCGAAUCCUUCGUCUCAUCAAAGGAGCCAAAGGAAUCCGAACUCUGUUGUUUGCCCUCAUGAUGUCACUCCCUGCUUUGUUCAACAUCGGCCUCCUGCUUUUCCUGGUCAUGUUCAUCUUCUCCAUCUUCGGCAUGUCCAACUUUGGCUAUGUGAAGCAUAUGGCUGGAAUCGAUGACAUGUACAACUUUGAGACGUUUGGAAACAGCAUGAUCAUCCUGUUUAUGAUCACCACGUCGGCUGGCUGGGAUGGCCUGCUCCUGCCCAUACUCAACUACCCCCCGGAUUGUGACCCAUUACUGGAAAACGCUGGAACUCCAUCCACUGGAGACUGUGGAAACCCAUCUGUGGGGAUCUUCUUCUUUGUUAUGUACAUCAUCAUUUCUUUCCUGAUUGUGGUCAAUAUGUACAUUGCUAUCAUUUUGGAGAACUUCAGUGUGGCCACGGAGGAGAGUGCCGACCCACUUAGUGAGGAUGACUUUGAGACCUUUUAUGAAAUCUGGGAGAAGUUUGACCCCGAUGCCUCCCAGUUCAUCACUUAUGCCAAGCUUUCUGACUUUGCUGACGCACUGGAACACCCACUGCGCGUCCCCAAGCCGAACACCAUCGAGCUGAUUGCUAUGGACAUGCCAAUGGUGAGUGGAGACCGCAUCCAUUGUCUGGACAUCUUGUUCGCGUUCACCAAGCGUGUGCUUGGCGACAGCGGUGAGUUGGACAUGCUGCGGCAACAAAUGGAGGAGCGUUUUGUCGCAGCCAAUCCUUCCAAGGUCUCUUAUGAGCCGAUCACCACCACUCUGAGGCGGAAGCAGGAGGAUGUGUCCGCCAGGAUCAUUCAACGAGCUUACCGCUCCCACCUGGCAUGGCGGGGAUUUGUAUGUAAGCGCAAACCAGUCAAAAAACCUGAGAACGAUGGUAACAAUCGAGAGCAAGACAAGAAGGAGGGCACCCCAUCAACGGCCUCCCUACCCUCUUAUGACAGUGUAACCAAACCUGAGAAGGAGAAACACGAAGACAACAACGAGGGCAAAGGAGACAGGAAAGAGAAAGGAAGAAACCAAAAAGACAUCAGGGAAUCUCAAUGUUAGGGUGGUGGAUGAAUGAUCACAUUAAUAAAAGUAAUGUUACUUCAAGCAAAGUCAGAGGAAACUCACCCACACAGAUGUACAGAUUAUUGCAUUUGCAAGUACAAAAAAUAGUGUUCAAUAAUUUUGUUUACAGACUUCAUUACUAUAUUGAUGCAGAGGGAAACUGCUCAGUCUGUGACAGCUUAAGGACUCUUGAACUUUUGUCAAAACCAAACCUGGUUAACGUUCUGCGUGGCAUUGCCGUAACCAAACUGCUGAUCUUGAGGAAACGCAGUCAAAAACAGAGAGGGAAAGGGCCAGUGAUCAUCUGCUACUGGUCCAACGAUAAGACCAGUUACUCUGAAACCGGGGGCGUCGAAUCUGGUGCCUUGACGCUACCAACAGAUUCCCCAGGACGACAGUGCUGUGAAAGGAAGACAAGGAUGCUGCUUAACGUUCAAAGUGUCCACUUAAAGCCGCCAAAGUGUUCCUGUGUCAUGUCCUAGUGCGGUGUAUAGAGAACGGAAUGACAUACUCACUCUACGUGCAAACUCUGACUUUUGAGUGAGAACAAGACACAAAUAGCGGUCUUGAAUGUUUUUGUUUUAGUUUUAUUUAAGCUAGAUUUUUCUUUCCCUUUGUGCAGCAAAAAUGCAAACAGACAAAAAAAAAAGGAACAAUAUCCAAAGGUUUGCCCAUAUCACUAAACCUCCUCCUCUACUCAUUUCCUCUUUGUUAAUACCCACAUUGAAAUGCUUUCUUUUACAUGGGCUUUCUCACCAAUUAGUCAAAGGGUCUGUUUAAUCACGGGGGUCAACUCGGGCCAAGGGCUUACAUUUACUCAGAGAGAUUUCCAAACAGUUACAUAAAUAAUUGUGCUUGUUCAAUGCAUAGAAAUGACUUGCAUGAUGGCAUGUUUUGAUCAGAAAUCUUGCAUGAAUUAACAUAGUCCACAAGACACUAAUGCGCAGACCUCACCGGUGGCUCGACGGUACGACGGAAGCGUUUUCAGAAAAUAUCUUCAGAUGGAAUUUACUAAACCAAGAGAUGUGGGAUUAGUCAUCCUUAAAGAGAUCAAAGUUUUAGCUCAUCACAUAACACAUUUCAGACGUUUUAAACGAUUGCCUAUGUAGACAACAGAAUGAAACACAUAAUCCCACCAAAGUGAAUCAGUGGGUAAAAUCUAAGCACUUUCUUAGCGGCUUUGGAGGUUCUGAGGUGAAGAAAUGACUGGAUGUCUGUGCACAUCAGUGGACUGAGAUGUUUGUUCAUUUGUAUUGAAAUGUUUUUAAAGGUGCAACACUUUGAAGCUAAAAAGCUUGUGUUCAUAAUUUAUACGUAACGUGUGUCAUGUUCAUGCGAGAGGGCGUUUUGGGAGUCCAACUCUCAGUGGUCUUUGGGGGCUUUCCUCCUUUCUGUUUCCUCCUGUUUCUCUGUGGGUGGUUAGACCUUUCUGAAAGGCUAGAGAAGAGUUUUCCGUUUCACAUCCUUUGAUUUGUCCACAUGUAAAUGUAAAUCUGUGUGUCUUUGCUUCCCCGUAUGUAAUAUUAUUGCUUUGUUGUGCGACAAAUCUUGUGUUACAUGAUUUUAUAAGCCUGAAGUUCAUGGUCGGGAGUUUAGUGGUGUUCUGUUACAGCGAGGAACGUGAACAUUCUGAAUGGGUGAUGAGAACAAUGUGUGUGGAGAAGCCAAAGAGAUCUGCCUUUGCCAUCCCUUGUUGUCCUUUUGUCCGUGGAGUGGGGCCGGGCGAAGCCUGCCCUACUCCGUUCUGUUUUUUGCUGCCGUUAUCAGACAGAGACCCUGCAAAUGUAUGCUAUGCUUGAAGAAAAAAAAUCGCCCCUUUUUUCUCAGGAGAUUAUGUCGAUGUAUUAUUAAGAGUUCUGCAACGAAAUGCAACUGAAUGUGAUGAGAGUAUACAUGAAAUCAUGUUUAUUUUUUAGUUUGUAUGCCAUGCUGGUGGACAAUGAUCUCAGCCGGCUGUCUUAAUCUGACACCUGCUCGUCGGGGGUCAGUGUAGUGCUUCCUGCUUCUGAUGCUUUGAAAAAUAGGGCUAGAGGCAUCGCAGUGGAACAAAGACAUUGCGUUCGCUUGUAACAGGUGACAUUAGUGAUUGUGGAUUAUAUUUGUGGCCAAUUCAAUCUGGACUAAGGUCUGACCUCUAUUUAUUUCAAUGAAAAAAAUAAAAAACUGUUAGCAAACACAGGCGAUUUUAUGGAGAGACAUCCUGAGAGUGAAUUGGGCUGAGUUGGUUUGAGCAGCACACACAGAGAAGUGGACUGUUCAAGAGAUAAAACUCAAAUUUUAUAUACCAACAAGUUCUGCUUUUUCCAUUUGAAUUCAUGCAACUCAACAGCAUAACAAAUACCAAAUAACCCAACAGAGCACCGGAUGCAUUCUUUAAGGUACUGUGAACCUGAGCACCGCAGCAGAGCUUUUUUACACUUCCUGUGGUGCAGCGAUGUCACUUUCCUGUUUAUGAAGAAGUCCCUCGUUCAUUUUCAACUUUCCGGGCUCCAGUUGCUGCAUGAGAUCUCCAAAACCAGUGUGGGUGUCAACUUGAACCAAAUAAAAAUUUGAAUGACAAGCAUCAAAGCUACUGCCGUGCAUUUUCUCUCAGAUCCUCACGGACACAACAUUUUUAUGAUUUAAAAAAAAUCCAAAACAAAAACAAACAAAUCUGCCACGCACUCAUCUGUUUAGGAUAAAUGACCUGAAUUCAGGCGAAGCUCUGUCAGGCACAAACUGCAAAGGCUAAAACGGGACUUUUUAAGAAAUUAUAAAUAAUGUAAAAUACUGUUUUAAGAGCAUGUGUAGUUUUUUUGUAGAUAAUAAAUUACUUUAAAAAAAGUAAAGCUAUUAGUCUAACACUAAAUAUCAGUAAUCGUGAAUAGAAUGGCUUCCAGCUGAUGCCCCUGACACACGUUAGAUGGUUCAGUUUUGUUUCAGUCACUUUUCACAAUAAAAGAGGAGAGUACACUAAAAUAAUCCAUGUUAAACAGCAGAAAACUGUAUAAAUUAAUGCGUACAUAUACAAAGCUAUAUGACAUAUAUAUAUAUAUAUAUAUAUAUUCUUUUAUACUCUCACACACAGACACACACAAAUAUAUAAUACAUAUUAGAACAAUGUCUGUAACGCAGCUCUCCUGUCUGCUCUCGUUGGGGUGACACCAGGUCCACAGAGUGUAGCUGAUCAUGCAUCUUUUCUUUGUGUGACAUGUUCAGAGAACAAAACCCAAACCUCCGGCUUGCCCAGGUCCUCAGAGUUUUAGGAGUAGGAUGCAUGAUGUUGUACUGGCUGCUUGCUGACAUUUGUGGAGCCUGCCUUGGUGAGAGGAUUGCACUACCAGCAUACCCCUUUUUUGUACUUGUGUGAAGAUGUCUUGCCCCUCGUUUCCUGUGUAUUCCACACAGAAAUGCAAACACACACUCGCUCACAGCCUUUUGCAGCCAGCCAGUACGAUCCACGGAUCACUUUAUUUGGCUAACUAUUGCUCGCUGCAACCCAUAACCCUCCAUGCCUCUCCCUAACACACUGCUGCAGUUUAGACUUUCAUUUUCUCUGCUGUCACUUUUAAUAUAAUCUAACGAUUUGAAGGGUUAGUUGUCCUAUACCUGUCAGUGUUUGUUUAUGGUGCAAUAUCUCUUAACGGCAUGUGCCUUUUUAGCUUUCUAUUUAGUCGAUCACUAAAAUUUGCAACAAAGUUCUUAACACCCAUGGAGUGAAGUGAAACGGAGCACGAUGAUGUCUGUCUUCUUUUUUUUCCUUUGAGUUUCAAAUGAAGUGAAAACUCACCACCUAGUUCAGACCUGUGUGGACAAACAUCCUAGGAGGUGCUCUGUGUGUGUGUGUGUGUGUGUGUGUGUGUGUGUGUGUGUGUGUGUGUGUGUGUGUGUGUGUGUGUGUGUGUGUGUGUGUGUGUGUGUGUGUGUGUGUGUGUGUGUGUGUGUGUGUGUGUGUGUGUGUGCUGGUUAAAGAAAAACUUGCCUUCUGUUUUUCUUUUUUGCCCCACGUUAGUUUAUUUAAAUGUUUGUUAAUUAUGGGUUGGUUAAUGAGGCCGUUGUUUUUGUAGCAUGACUGAGAUGAACUACUUCUCUUUGACAAAUAGGUUACAAACCAACCUUUGACUGUCAUUUCUUGCCACUAAUACAGUCAGACUGAGGACAUGUGUUGCAAACCACCUGGGACAUCUAAGUGAGAAUCAGUGAAAGAAUGUCUUCAAUUGAGCACGAAUCUAUUUCCAAACAAUAAAGCAGCCUUCCAGUUAUC